GUAAACUGACCUUAGCGUGUAUGAGGGCUGACAAAUAAAACUGCUGGAAUCGACGAAGCUCGAAUCAACGUAAAAGAUUGUUUCCAGAAUUUUGCAGCUGGCUGAUCAAUUUUCACGAAUUUUACUCCAAAAAUUGUAGUCAAUUAGAUUUUGGGAUGGGUGUAAAUGAUGCGAUGAGUUACGUUCUGUUCAAUAAUCCUGUGGCCAGUGGAGUAUGGUCCUUCCUGUCGUCAUCCGGGAAUGGGUUGAAAUCGAAGGGAGCUAUCGCCGCCGGACAGCAAAUCGCAAGCCAGAGCACCAAAACGAUGGCGGCGGAAGCGAUGCCACCUUUGUGGAAGCUGGUAGGUUCUAGCCGGCCUAUCCUUCGAUUGGCUGCACUUAGUGGCGCAACGGCCGUCAUGCUCGGUGCCUACGGAGCCCAUCAUCGGUUCAACGUGGUUGACGAAAAGGAAAGGGACCCGAAGGACAUUUUCAAAAUGACCAAUCAGUACCACUUCUUGCAUUCGUUGGCGCUUCUGGCGGCUCCCCUGGCUAGGAAGCCAUAUCUGACUGCUGCAUUUCUAACAUCGGGAAUGGCCCUAUUCUGCGGCACCUGCUACUACAUUUCAUUCACCAACGAUCGUCGCGUCAGUCAGCUUACGCCGGUUGGAGGAUUCCUUUUGAUCUUUGGAUGGCUUUCUUUCCUGAUUUAAGAGACAUUAGUAACAAGAAAACAAAAAUCAUAUUCAUCCAUGGAAUCGUUGCUGUAGUUGGUGUAAGAAAAAUAGCAAAUGUUCAAAUAAAAAUCUUUGUGUCUAAAUAAGA